AUGUUCGCUUCCACCGUUCCUGUUUCGAAGCGCCAAGUCUUGGGAAUGAUAGUUCAUGACCUCAAUUCAACAGGUGCUGCUAUGAGACAACCUCAUACCCCAAAAUGGGCGCUGGCCAACGUUCUUGUGGGAUAUGCCUAUUUGUGCAUAGGAAGCCUUGACGUUGGAGCAUCCGUUUAUCUUCUGAGCAUCGCACUGCCAUCCAUUACGGGAGGCACUGCAGCCCACUACCGGUCAUGGCGCAGCCUGCACUUCUCGCUUGGAGUAUGGGGCAUUACCAAGAUGGUUCUAAUAUAUAUGUUCUUCCGGAGAUAA